AUGAACAAGAUCCGAAAAUUUUUCCGAGGAAGUGGGCGAGUCUUGGCCUUUAUAUUUGUGGCUUCUGUCGUCUGGCUGCUCUUUGACAUGGCAGCUCUCCGCCUCUCAUUCAGUGAGAUCAACACUCAGGUCCUCAAGGAAGACAUCGUGCGGAGGGAGCAGAGAAGAUUCAGAGUUCAGGCAGAUGAAGUGAAAAUGCUUUCCAGCAGCGUCAAAGAGAUGAGGCUUUCCCCAAGGGGACAUAGGAAGAGGGUGUGGGGUAAAGAGAACUUUAGCAGAAUUGAGAAGGGUGUGCUUGGGACAGGAGAUGAUUUGGAUCAAGCCCAGAGGGAAAGAAAAAUGCAGAACACUCCGGUAAGGGACAAAGUCUUGCCUUUGUGGCAUCCUACACAUCUGCAGACUCCCGUUGUGACUUUGACCAAGCAGAAGACAGGGGUGAAAGACAGCAAGCUGAAAGCCUUCUCUCUCCAGAUGACACCAAAGCAAACGACAGUGCAGGGGGCUCAGAAAAGCCCAUUCGUAGCACCAAGAAGAGCUGCAUUGGUCAAAAAAUCAGGACACAUAGGACUGGUAGGUAUAAAGCAAGAGGCCCUGAAGACUUAUAAUCUCAGCAGUGCUACCUUCAAACAAGUAGCUGAGAAGGACUUCAGUGUGACCACCAGAUCUGACAAAGAAAAGCAGCAGUCACAGGCAGUAGCAACUAAGAGGACACACCCUGCCAGCCCACCAGUGCCAAACUCGGGGGAAGCCAUAGCCUUAAAUAAAACUGAGACUCAGAGCAAAGAACUACAUGCAAACAAACACAAUGUCCGUAAGGGUGUUCCUUUUGUCAAGUUCACUGCUGACUCAAAUGGCUUAAGGAAGCUGUCUACGAACAAGACACAGUUGAAAGGUUUGCUAAAGGAUGAUGGAGCCAAAGCAACUCUGAAGAAGAAACUCAAUUUCUCUGAAAGCCAUGUUGUGAUUAUAACCAAAGAGGAGAAGCUAAAGAUAGACACCAAAGAGAUUCCCGAUUCUAAAAUCAAAACUGUAUUUCCUGAAAAAUUGGAUAAAAGCCAUGAAAAACAAAUUUCCAGGAUUAGAAGUAAAGCAUCUCUCCCUUCACCCACUUUACAGAAAAUAACAGUAUCUCAAACCAGACAUAAACUAGAUGAGGGGCUUAGGGCAGCAAGAAUAAAUUUAACUGCCGAGGCCCAGCCUGUAGGACACAAACAAAGUCAUACAGAAGUCCUUUUACCUGAAGACCAUGGAAUGCACCAGGUGUUAAGAAUAGAUGUGACACAUUCUCCAAGGGACCCCAAAGCUCCCGGUCAGUUUGGACAUCCUGUAAUUGUUCCCCCUGGAAAGGAGAAGGAGGCAAAAAGAAGAUGGAAAGAAGGAAACUUCAACGUCUACCUUAGCGAUCUGAUCCCAGUGGAUAGAGCCAUUGAAGACACCAGGCCUGCUGGGUGUGCACAGCAGCUAGUUCACAAUGAGCUUCCCACCACCAGUAUCAUCAUGUGCUUUGUGGAUGAGGUGUGGUCCACUCUCCUGAGGUCUGUUCACAGUGUUCUCAAUCGCUCUCCCCCACACCUCAUCAAGGAGAUUCUGCUAGUAGAUGACUUCAGCACCAAAGAUUACUUAAAAGAUAAUUUGGACAGAUAUAUGUCUCAGUUUCCAAAAGUUCGGAUUCUUCGGCUUAAAGAGAGACAUGGCUUAAUAAGGGCCAGGCUGGCAGGAGCACAGAAUGUAACAGGCGAUGUGUUGACAUUCCUAGAUUCUCACGUGGAAUGUAAUGUUGGUUGGUUAGAACCUCUUCUGGAAAGAGUUUAUUUAAGCAGAAAGAAAGUGGCCUGUCCAGUAAUUGAAGUUAUCAAUGACAAAGAUAUGAGUUAUAUGACAGUGGACAACUUUCAAAGAGGCGUCUUUGUGUGGCCCAUGAACUUUGGUUGGAGAACAAUUCCUCCAGAUGUCAUUGCAAAAAACAGAAUUAAAGAAACUGAUAUAAUAAGGUGCCCUGUCAUGGCAGGUGGAUUAUUUUCUAUUGAUAAAAAUUACUUUUUUGAACUUGGAACCUAUGACCCUGGCCUUGAUGUUUGGGGUGGAGAAAAUAUGGAGCUCUCAUUCAAGGUGUGGAUGUGUGGUGGCGAAAUUGAGAUCAUUCCCUGCUCCCGAGUAGGUCACAUCUUCAGAAGUGACAAUCCGUAUUCCUUCCCCAAAGACCGCAUGAAGACCGUGGAGCGUAACCUGGUGCGGGUUGCUGAGGUCUGGCUGGACGAGUACAAAGAGCUGUUCUACGGCCACGGGGCCCACCUCAUAGACCAGGGGCUGGAUGCUGGCAACCUCACCCAGCAAAAGGAGCUGCGGGAGAAACUGAAGUGCAAAAGUUUCCGGUGGUACUUGGAGAACGUCUUUCCUGACUUAAAAGCUCCCAUAGUGAGAGCUAGUGGUGUGCUUAUUAAUGUGGCCUUGGGUAAAUGCAUUUCCAUUGAAAACACCACAGCCAUUCUUGAAGACUGCGAGGGGAGCAGCAAGCUUCAGCAGUUUAAUUAUACCUGGUUAAGACUUAUUAAACAUGAAGAAUGGUGUUUAGCCCCCAUUCCUGAUAAAGUUUCCCUGGAGCUGUAUACCUGCGAUAACAGAAACAAAGGGCUGAGAUGGUUGCACAAAUCAACAUCAGUUUUCCAUCCAGACCUGGUAAAUCACAUUGUUUUUGAAAAUUCGCCACAGUUAUUAUGCUUGGAAGGAAACUUUUCUCAGAAGACCCUGAAGCUAGCUGCUUGUGACUCAGUGAAACCGCAUCAAAAGUGGAAAUUUGAAAAUUACUAUGAAGACUGA